ACUCGUACGAACACCAAUCCGACAAAUUAAAAAAAUGGGAGAAAAAAAAAUGAGAACCUGGAGUUCCGUGCUUCACGGCACUGGAGCGCAGGAAGGGUACAAGUAGGAAUAUUAUCUUGCCUUUCCCCAUCCCACAAUAGUCUUUUUUCUCCCCAACACAGUUCUGCAUUACACUUCCCCACGCAGGCACCUUCGAGAAAACAUACAGACGCCCUGAGAUUACUGUGUUUUGCCUGUCUCCAGUUCUAUCCGCCCGACUGCGUGCUGCGCCUACCGGUGCCUCCAUUCCGUGGGGAACAAGGGCAGGGAAAGGUCCAAAAUGGGCUGGCUGCACUUCCCCAACACUCGUGAAGAAUGGAGACUGGACAUAGUCUCCCUAUUGGCGGUGGUCGGAGAAUCCGCCAUGUCCGCGCACUCUCAGCCACUCACCGCCUCAAUCUUGUGCCUACUACCACGAAUCCUCCCCGCACCUCAGGCACUCCUGAAACCCUCCCGCCCAAGCCGCUUACCGCCAACCCAUGCUAUAAUUGCGGGCGUACACUCUGGACUUCGUGUCGAUGAGCUGAACCACUUUGCCGGCCACAUCUCCAACAUCAACCUACCCAAAUUCGCGAUCCGGGUGAUAAGAAUAAAGCACAACUCGAGUCUGCUAGUAUCUGGACCUGGGUGCAGGAACCUGCUUCCGGAGAAGGAGUAUCCGCACCGAGUAUUCCGUACGCCGAAGGGGGUCAUCCACGCGAGGGCCUUCUCCCCUCUGGCCUGUUUGACGGUCGCAUCGAGUUUGCUGUCCGCGGGACUCAUCAUCUGGGCUUGUUUUCUGAGGGACGGGGUUGCCUGUGUUGCUAUCGCGCUCAUCUCGCUGACGUCUACGGUCAUCGGACUUUCGAAUUUCUGGCACCCAAGCCUGAUUUCCCGAAAGCAGCGCACCCUAGUGCCGCCUGGGGAUCUGGUAAUACGUACGCGGCAGGGGGCGUUCGUAAUUAUAAAAUGCAGGGAAGAGGUGGCGCGGGAGCUGUACACUAGCACGGAGGAAUGCAAGUAUGUUGUCGGAGACCAAGUGUAUCGGGGGCUCGUGGGCGUGGGGACCUUCCUGCUCAUGUGUGGGGUGGUGCUGAUGGGGAACUGCACAUGGGUAAUGCAGGCUGCGCUGGGGGUGUCGUAUAUCCUGCUCAACGGGCUGUACCAGGUUGCCGCCCUCCUCCCAACUUCCUGGCACUGGGACUUUUCGAGGUACACCUGGGAGGAGAUCAAGGACGAGUCCUCGCAGCAGGAGACGUACACCCAGGCAUUGUGGCAAGCGAUCAAAGCAUCUGGAAACACCGAAUGGGUUCGAUUGACGAAUGCUGCGCCUGCCUCGGGCGCGUGGAAUACGUGGCUGGAAGAGGCGCAGGAUCACAUCAAUGCUGGCUGCACCGGAAAUUGGGAUCCACAAGAUGCUCUGAGCAAGUUGCUCAGGCUUGAAGCCACGGAAGAUGGAAUCGUUCUCGGACCCGCGAGGGAUAUGCCAGUGCCGGUAUCGGGGUUCGGCGGCGGCAGGGUUUUCUCGGAUUAUGGUCCCACUUCGGGUUUCGGCCCUUUGCAGAACGUGCCGAGGGGGUUUGGACCGAAUGGGGCUGUGGAAGCAAGUGAAGGGCGGACCAACUACCUCUAGAGGCUGGAUUUGAGACUCACUGAGGCAUAUAUGUUUUUCUCUCGUUUUUUACACUCGUCUAUAUAUUAGGUGGGGAGAGGAGCGUUUUUCAUCUCGGGAACUCUAUUGCGAGGCAUAAGGAAUGAAUUUACGGGAAACGUUUAAAAUGGGUUCUGGGUGGCGCUUAUCUAUUCCCUCUCUGAUUCUUUUUUUUCUCUUUCUCCUUUUUGAAAAGAUCAUGAGCAUUAUACCAGCAUUCUUGUACAUAGAGCCAUAUAGCAUUUUAGCGGUGCGGAGAUAACAGUACCACCAGGUAAACUCUGCUUAUAUCAUACCAUCAUCUCUUGGG